AUGUCCUCCCACGUAAAAGCUGACACAGAUGUAGAAGGGGUUGGAAAAUGGAUUCUUGAUUCUACAUCUUUUGGGCAGGACGACCUCGGGAUGAAACACGGAUUUGCGAGGACAACUGAAAUUGGUGCUGGGAGCGAUUCACCUCUCUCGUCUGCGCCUCGUCUUGGCUAUUUGCAGCGUGUUGGUGAGCAUUUGGUAAUGUCUCUAUUGGCGGAUGGCCAGAAAAAGCGGGUUGUGGGGGUACGAGGUUUCAACAAGUUCUGGACAGCCCAAUGUCGUAUUUGCGUAGUAUAUGACGUCGCUAUGUCUGCAGACGUACUGACUACCACUGUGCCUGAAAUAGACGACGCGUCAAGCGGCCUAGACGAUGAAAUCGCGGCUCUACGUGCUCAGAUCCACAGCCUUACCAAUCGCAGACAAUUUCUUUCAUCAAGCCUCCUGUCUACAAAUCCAGUGCAAGAUGCGCUGCGCCAGCAUGUCCCGUCCGGGUUGGAAAAGAAUAUCGAACCCGUCAUUCUCAGCAGCGGAGAGCACGCGCGGACCAACCACCAUCGUAUGACAUUCUCUGUUACAUCCUUUCCUUUCAAGGACCCUUCACCCCAUGCAACAUCGCCCAACCUACUAGGUAUUCGAUUUGACAUUUGUACGCGCCAUGGAAAAUUUGUUCAACCAUACUAUUUGUUGUUGAAACACGUUGACAGGCCAGAAAAGAAGAUUCUCCAAGUACAUCGCCAUACCAUUCCUGUAUUCAUACCAUUGAAUCAGUUGGAGCGAAAAUACCUUCCUGUGCCCCAAGGCACCAAUGAGACAGAUUCUACGAGUACAAAACCUAGGAAUACUCCAAAGCAGGACUUACGCAGCCUCGUGCGGGAAUUGCGGCGGGAACUUGUCGCAUGGCACUUACGCUGUGAUGCUCUCAGGUGGCUCCAAGAGGAACUUGGUCUCCUAGACGAAAGCAACCAGGCCUUAUCAUCACAGCCUAGUACGCGUGAAGAUCAGCUGCCUGCGGAUGGCUUGGGUAUUGUAUCCGUUUCUGCAACGGCUGUCGAGGCGAGAUACAUUCGCAUUGAAUGGCGAGAUGGCCGUGCUACGGGGUGCCGUGAUGCCGGGAUGAUCUCCAUGACUUGCACUAGGACUUCUGAUGGUGAGGAUCUGUCAGCUAUGGCAACCCAUCUUAUGGUGUUCACUGCGAAGUACCCACAUACUAUGGCGAUCAUGACCGGCCCUUAA